AUGGCUAAUAAGUUUCAUCCUGUUUCUUUUGUACUCUCCUUCUUCUUCUUCUUCUUCAUGAUUCACUCAUCAAAUGCAGCUUACAAUGUUAUCAGUUAUGGUGCAAAACCAGAUGGGAAAACUGAUGCAACCCAAGCUUUCCUUAGGGUAUGGGCCGCUGCAUGUAGCUCGGCUACUGCAUCCACAAUAUACGUCCCUAAGGGAAGGUACUUGAUCAAAGCAAUAGAGUUUAGAGGCCCAUGCAAGAGUAGAAUUAGGGUUCAGAUAGAUGGAACCAUUGUAGCUCCUCUGGAUUAUCGUGCCCUUGGCAACUCUGGCUACUGGAUCUUGUUCAUUCAGGUCAAUGGAGUUUCCGUCUUUGGUGGUUCCCUUGAUGCUAAAGGAGCUGGCUUCUGGGCUUGCAGAAGAGCUGGACAGAAUUGCCCUGUUGGAGCUAGGUCCAUAACAUUCAACUGGGCUAACAACGUCCUGAUCAGUGGCUUGACAUCAAUCAACAGUCAGUUAACUCACCUGGUAAUCAACAGUUGCAACAAUGUUCAAGUUCGAAAUGUAAGGCUUAUAGCUCCAGACCUAAGCCCAAAUACUGACGGCAUUCACGUCCAGGGGUCAACGGGAGUGACAAUCAUAGGCAGUACUCUACAGACAGGAGACGACUGCAUAUCAAUUGGUCCAGGCACCAGGAACUUGCACAUCAGCCGCAUUAAGUGUGGCCCUGGUCACGGAGUCAGCAUUGGAAGUCUGGGCAGGCAACUUAAUGAAGAUGGAGUACAAAACAUAACCCUAACAGAUUCGGUAUUCACAGGAUCAGACAAUGGUGUAAGGAUAAAAACAUGGGCUAGGCCGAGCACUGGCUUUGUGAGGAACGUUCUCUUCCAAAACAUCAUCAUGAGGAAUGUGGAGAACCCUAUCAUUAUUGAUCAGAAUUACUGCCCUAACAACAUUGGCUGUCCUCAUCAGAGUUCUGGUGUGAAGAUUAGUGAAGUGACGUACAAAAAUAUACAAGGAACAUCUGCAACACCAGAAGGUGUGACAUUUGAGUGCAGCCCAAGCAAUCCAUGCAAAGGAAUUAAAUUACAAGAUAUAAAGCUGACGUAUAUGAAUAAAGCAGCAACAUCAUCAUGUAAGAACAUUGACGGAACCAGCACCGGACUACUCAUUCCUGAGAGCUGUUUUUAA